AUGCGGCGCGCGGUGACGCGGGUGCGAGAGACGGCGUCGACGUCGACCUCGGUCGCCGCGUCGAGCGCGCUCGGGGCGUGGCGUCGAGCGUUCGCGAGCGACGAUGAGCGGUCGCGACACGAGGCGAUGAUGGGGAUGGAGGACGCGUACGGCUCCGGCGUCACCGCGCAGAGCGAAGUGGAGUCACCGGAAGAGAAGAAACGACGAAUGGCGGAGGAACUGGAGCGAAGAGGCGUGCUCGUGGGCGACCGAGUGCGAGUGGAGGUGCGCGUGGGAGCGCCGCUUCCGGAACAGUGGCGACACACGUCGACGGAGCGUCAGGACGACGGAACGACGUCGAGCGCGCGGCAAUCGACCGACGCUUCGGUUCGUUCGGAUCAACGCCGCAGCUCUGACGAUGAUCCAUCGUCGAAAGUACCGGCGAAGAAGCGUUGGUUGACUCGCGUCGUGUUCGGUUACGCGACGCUCACGCGAAACGGGCGAGUGGGAGUAAAGAGGACGGGGAGCGCGGACACCGACACGUCGUUUCCGACGUAUCCCAAACGGUGGGUCACCGUUCUUGACGUCGGAGAGUUGUGGGAGAUGUGCACGGGACCGAGGAAUCCCUCGGGCGUGAGCGGCGCGAGCGACCAGGACAUGUACGAGUACAUGAAAGCGACGGGUGCGAACCCAGAGAAUGUGAGCUCUCAGGAUAUUAGCGCGUCGAGAUAG